UCUCCAAUUAACCCCUCAUACUAUACUACCCUGUUUCACAGCAUUGGAGGAUAAAGAGAAGCAGAAUUUGGAUGAUACAGCUGCAAGUUGAAGAGGGGAAGCUCUUUUGUGAAAUUGGAUCAUAUUCUGUUUUUGUUUUUGCUGUGACCUGGCUGCACACACGUGUUCCCACUACCUUCUCAGCCCACAGCAGAGGGGUGGUUGAGUCCGGUGAGUCACAUUUUCAAUCUGAGAUCAGGGAGGAGGCGGGAAGAUAAGGAGUCAUAGACUCAGAGUACAGUAUCUAGUUUGAAAGAAGGAAAACCUCUGCUCAAGAGCAAACUAAAUGAAUUGAGCCUGGAUGUGGGGAAAGUGUCAGUCAUUAUCUAGCUAUUCAUUGUCCUGGAGCUUCCUUUAAUCUCUUUCUUCUCCUUUUGUUGCCUUUUUCUAUAAUCCAUCUCCUGUCUUUAGCUCUGUCAGAUUUUCUUUUCUUUCUAAUAUCCUUUCUGCAUCAUUUCACUUCCCUGACUUCCCUCGUGCUUUCUCACUUUUUUCUCUGUCUCACUUGAUUGCCACUCUGUGGAUAAAAUCUAAAGCCAGGUUAUCUAUGAACUGGAAAAUGAAAUUUUGCCUUUCUUGGACUCUGCAUGUCCCUUUAGAGACUCUGGCCAGAAUCUACCAUCUUUCAGUUUCUCCAUUUCUGGGACUGACUUCUCCUCUGAGCAUGGCAUUUCACUGAAGGCAUAUGGGUGAAUGGGUGCUUGCUGAAAGGUUCAGUGGCCAGUUUAUACCAAUGGUGGUCCCAUAUUUCUGCUUCCUCUCACUUUUGGAAAUUCAUAGAUAGCUGACUUCUGAAAGUCAUUUUUUUUACUCUGGUACUUCUAGACACAUACUUCUUUUCUUGUUUCCCUAACCCCUCCUCUCAAGGAUGGCUGGUCAACUAACUCAUAGAGGAGCUCUCUCUCUGCUGCUCUUCCUUAUUCCAACAGUGACACCAACAUGGUACGCAGGUUCAGGCUACUAUCCAGAUGAAAGUUACAAUGAAGUACAUACAGAAGAGAUCCCACAGGCUCUUCCCCUAGACUACCAAGUUCCUCGGUGGUGUUAUACAUUAAACAUCCAAGAUGGAGAAGCCACAUGCUACUCACCAAGGGGAGGGAAUUAUCACAGCAGUCUAGGCACACGUUGUGAGCUCUCCUGUGACCGGGGCUUUCGAUUGAUUGGACUGAGGUCAGUGCAAUGCUUGCCAAGCCGUCGUUGGUCUGGAACUGCCUACUGCAGACAGAUAAGAUGCCAUGCACUACCAUUUAUCACUAGCGGCACCUACACUUGCACAAAUGGGGUGCUUCUUGACUCCCGCUGUGACUACAGCUGUUCCAGAGGCUACCACUUAGAAGGUGACCGCAGCCGAAUCUGCAUGGAAGACGGGCGAUGGAGUGGAGGCGAGCCUGUAUGUGUAGACAUUGAUCCCCCCAAGAUCCAUUGUCCCCACUCACGUGAGAAGAUGGCAGAGCCAGAAAAACUGACUGCUCGAGUAUACUGGGACCCACCCCUUGUGAAAGAUUCUGCUGAUGGUACCAUCACCAGAGUGACACUUCGGGGCCCUGAGCCUGGUUCUCAAUUUCCUGAAGGAGAGCAUGUGAUUCGUUACACUGCCUAUGACAGAGCCUACAACCGGGCCAGUUGCAAGUUCAUUGUGAAAGUACAAGUGAGACGCUGUCCAAUUCUGAAACCACCACAGCAUGGUUACCUCACCUGCACCUCAGCAAGCAACAACUAUGGUGCCACCUGUGAAUACCACUGUGAUGGUGGUUAUGAGCGACAAGGAACUCCCUCCCGGGUCUGCCAGUCCAGUCGCCAGUGGUCAGGAGCACCACCUAUCUGUACUUCUAUGAAGAUUAAUGUUAAUGUCAAUUCAGCUGCUGGCCUCCUGGAUCAAUUCUAUGAAAAACAACGACUCAUCAUCAUCUCAGCUCCUGAUCCUUCCAACCGAUAUUAUAAAAUGCAGAUCUCUAUGCUGCAGCAAUCCACCUGUGGACUAGACCUGCGGCAUGUGACCAUUAUCGAGCUGGUGGGGCAGCCGCCUCAGGAUGUGGGGCGUAUCCGGGAGCAACAGCUGUCAUCCAGCAUCAUCGAGGAACUCAGGCAAUUCCAACACCUUUCUCGCUCCUACUUCAACAUGGUACUGAUUGACAAGCAGGGUAUUGACCGGGAACGCUACAUGGAACCUGUCACCCCUGAGGAAAUCUUCACAUUCAUUGAUGACUAUCUGCUCAGCAACCAGGAGAUGAUCCAGCGCAGGGAGCAAAGGGAUAUGUGCGAGUGAACUUGAGCUAAGGAAUGGUUGAGGUCAAAGGAAAAGCUUCCCUAGUUGGCCAAAACUGAGGCCUAAUAAAAGGAGAAAAUGUUUUCCCACAAUUCUGGAGACCGUACUCCGAAGUGGGCAAGGUCUAUCAAUCCUUGGAAUAUUUUUAGGUACCAUUUUCGGCUGUUUAAUAGCUUUCCCUGUUCCUCCAGGGAGCAGAAGCUAGGUAGAGAUUGAACUGGGUGGUGGGUAGUGGGUUGGAGGUAGAAGGUCUUCCUUUCAUAACUCGGGACUUUGCCCAGCUCUCCAAAGUCUUUCAGAUAAGUAAAUCUUAAAUUCAUUCACUUA